GACGCGUUGGGUGUGGGCGGGGUUUGAGAGCGCUGCCCGGACACCGGGCGAACCUGAGGCGAACUCUCAGCUGUCAUCUGUCUCGAUACCAAAGAUGGCAGGAAACAAGUCCUACACUAUAGUAGAAUAUUUCGGCGGGGAUGACGGUUACCGCUGUGGCUACUGUAAAAAUGAAAAGGGAAACUUUUCUCAUGGGAUGUGGUCUCACACCAUGACUGUACAGGACUACCAAGACCUCAUAGACCGAGGCUGGAGAAGAAGUGGGAAAUAUGUUUAUAAGCCCAUAAUGAACAAGACAUGCUGUCCGCAGUAUACCAUCAGAUGUCACGCACUGAAAUUCCAGCCUUCCAAAUCCCACAAAAAAAUCCUGAAGAAAAUAAGCAAAUUCAUUUCCAAAGGGGAAUUACCAAAAGGACAGGAUGAUGGGGAGCCAAUGGACUCUGUGUGUGAAGAAGCAGGCCCACGGGAACCAGAUAAAGUCUGUCAGUCAGAAGUGAAGUGUGCUGCUAGCAUAGACAUUCAGAAGGAAGUAGCAGAGUGUCCGGAUAUUGCAGAAGUUCAGAAGGAAGUAGAAGACGCUGGACCUGCCGACUCGGAAGCAUCAAGAAAGGAACCAGUGUCUGUGACAGAUGUGAGAACAACAGCCACAGCUCCUAAACCAGGAGUGGGAGCAGAUGCUAGCAGGCCACCAUGUCGGAAGGCAAAAGACCUGAGGAAAGAGCGGCGUCUUCAGAAAGAACAGAUGAGACAAGACGCGGAUGGGGUCUCUUCUUCACCCUCUCCUGCCCAGACCAACCAACCCAAACCAUUGGAAGAUUUCAUCAGUGAGUCUUUGCCUGACAACUCUUCUCAUUGCCUUGAGGUGAGGCUAGUGCGCUCCAAUCCCCCUUGCCCGCAGUUCAAAGCCUCUUUCGAAGCCUCCUACCAGGUGUACAAACUCUACCAGAUGGCCAUUCACAAGGACCCUCCUGACAAACCCUCCGAGAGCCAGGUGAGGCUAGUGCCAGUCAGCUUGGAGGACCCUCAAUUCGCAGUGACCUAUGAGCAGUCGGCGGCGCUGUACGCCCGCUACCAGAUGGCCAUUCAUGGUGAUGACCCCAGCGAAUGUAGUGAGAGCGAGUUCCGGAGAUUUCUCUGUGAUUCGCCACUAGAGGCCGAAUAUUCUCCAGAUGGGCCUGAGAUGGGCUACGGCUCCUUCCACCAGCAGUACUGGCUGGACGGGCGUAUUGUGGCGGUGGGGGUGAUCGACAUCCUGCCUACCUGUGUGUCCUCUGUCUACCUGUACUACCACCCAGACUUUGCCUCGCUGUCUCUGGGCUCCUACUCUGCUCUCAGGGAGAUCGCUUUCACCAGGCAGCUGCAGAAACAGUCCCCCAAGCUGUCCUACUACUACCUGGGCUUCUACAUUCACUCCUGUCCCAAGAUGCGGUACAAGGGACAGUACCGGCCUUCAGACCUCCUGUGCCCAGAAACCUUUGUCUGGGUUCCAAUAGAGCGAUGCGUACCCCACCUUGAGAACUCCCGCUACGCUCGUUUCAACCAGGAUCCUGACGCAGGAGACGCUCGGGUGCUGAAGGACGUGGGCAGAGCUCUGGUGCUAUACAGAAGGACCGUCAUGCCCUACGCGGCCUACACCCGCAAACGCAGAGGCCCCGCCGACGAGACGGAGGUGCAGCAGUACGCCGGCUUGGUCGGCCAGGACUGUGCAGAAAGGAUUUUGCUGUACCGCGCCUGAACACGCAGCGUCACACCACUGCACCUUUUUAGCAUACGUAAAAACACACUUCCCAGCAAUGUAUGCCAGUUUCUGUAUUUCCAUGUGUCGCCUCACUGUGAAAGUGCUUUCUGCUGCUUCUCCCAGUAGUCUCACCAUGCUUAGGCUGGAAAAAUGCAGUAGCCACUCACUAUCUACUGUAUGUGUGUAUGUCACCUAUCGGCCUCGUUCAUCAGACAUGUCUUGUUCACGUUUGUUUUAUGAGUUAAAGUUUCUUCAUCCCCUUUUUGUUUGAUUUGCCUCCCCAACAGGGACCGGUCCACUGAAUGUUAUCAGUGCUAUCAUGUAUUCUUCGCUUUGAUUUCUUUUUCAUUCUUAAGCCCUCGUGCUUCAUGAUGUUGUCAAAGAGCGUCCAGCUACACACAGGGUACAGCUCUCCACUUACCUCACACCAGCUUGUGUCGUGUCGCCACUUGACGAACGUGUUCUCCUUUGAAUGUCCAGUGAUUUGGAAGGUGGUUUUCAGUUGCUUGCAUUAAAUACCAAAACUUCAAGCUGACUCAUACUUCACCACAACAUUGCAAAGACUUUUAUCACUGGGUUUAAUUGAAGCAAAUAACUUACUGUCUUCAGUGUUUUUGUCUGUUAUAUUUAUAGCUUUAUUUGCUCUUUUCUUAAACUGAAUAAAUGGGUUGUAUAUUCCCUGCUUGGA